UACUGAAACUUCCAGAAUUCGUUCGUACAAGUUAACGUCGUUAAUAAUUUCCAGAUAUAAUUGAAUUAUAUGAUCCUAUAAGAAAUUUACAGUAUAUUAUAUUUAUAAUUUUGUGACGCUUCGAAGGCCGCAUAAAUUGGAAAUAUUUUUAAUCACCUCGACAUCGGUAUGAUUUAGACUUUGUCGAAGUUCGCUGCCAAUCCGUGCACGAUCUUAAUUUGCGUGCGUCAAACCACAAUGAUAAAAUCAAUAUGUUCGCUUGCAGAUAUAAAACAAACGUGAUUUAGGUAACAUUGCACAUGGUGCGUUCAGAAGCACUGUUUGAAUAAAUAGCACACGUAAACAAGCACUUGUGUCAUUUUACAGUAAAAGCGACAACAACAAUACAAACGGCAUCGUCGUGUAUUGAGUAAUUUUUAAUUCUUAUUCUUGCAUUUAUUCAUAUCGGCCUGUAAUUAUAAAUUAUAAGAGAAGCUUUGUUUAAUGUGUAUCACGGAUAUCAGGGAACGUUCCUCUGUUUAAGUAGAAAUUAGAGGUACAAGAAUACAGCUAAACGUUGAAGCAUAAACGUGGCAAUGGUCGCCAUUGCAUUGUUGAGUAAAUCGGAUCAGGAGUAUUUGCAAAAAUGUGCAACACAAUUGCAUUUUGCUUACGGUAUAAUCAUUGGCCAGAAAGCUGAACCUGGAAAGUAUGUCAUUGUACAUUUGGCUAAAAAUGGCGAUGAAGAUGUUGAUCUGCCGAUGCCCACUGAUGACAGUGGUUUAGGUCAUGGUCCUCAUAAAGUGGAACAAAUUGAUAUGCAGGCUUUAACAAAUCAAAUGAUAAGUGCUUUCAAAAUGAUACCCGGCUCAUUUGAUGUUUUGGGCAUCUUCGUAACAUCUGUUAAUGCAGAAAUCAUUAGUGAACAUUCUGCAGAAUUUAAAUCUGCCAAAAGACUGUUAUUUGAUGUGCACAAUUUACUUAAACAAGGUAGUGCUUCGAUUACAUUAAAAGAAGAACCGAAUACGGAAUAUUUGUAUUUGGCAUAUUCCAGUUCAACGAAGACAGCAGUUUGUAAAAUGUACAAUUAUGUCUCAAAUGGUGGUACAUUUUCAUCGAUGGAUUAUCGGUUCGUUGAGAAGCCAUUUGAAUGGUUCACGUUCGAGUGCAACUAUGAAAUGGAUGAUGUUUUCCCCGUUGUCGCUUCCGCUGAGAAAAUUAAUAUUGAAAUGCAAUUUCACAACACUAUUGAAUGGGUGCGCGAUUACUUGCAAGCCAGUGAAAUAUUCAUACAAAACGAAACCGUUGAAGACAGUCAACUUUUGGAGACAUAUGUUAAAAGGAAACGUGCAAAUGCCAAAUCUACUGCAUGUACGGACGACUGUUUUAAAGCAUCCAUAUUUUUACCGAUUAAAUGUUUGAUUAGUAAAUGUGUGAAUCCCAUACAAGUACGCGAAUUUAAUGGAACGAUACAUUUUCAAGGCACUAUAACGUCGCGAAUAUGGUGCAAUCCAAAGAAUACAUUGGCUGAUGUUAAACGAUUUCUACGCGAAGAUAUAAUGCGAUCGCUAACUGCACGCAUUCAAGUAUAUUGCGAUGGUUUAACGGAUCCAAAUGUUAGCAAUGAAUCAAUUUUUAUAUCAGAGCCACCACGUCGUGUGUACUUCAGCAUUAGCAGUGGCAAUCGACCCAUACAAUUUUCCGAAUAUAUCUUUCGUGGCGAGGCACCUACAGUGGCAGUGGCUCAAGCUAAACAAAUACUUGAUUUGGAUAUUACCGUUGAUAGUAUUGUCGCCGACUGGGAGGGCUUAGCCGAAGAUGAUGCCUUUAAUGAGGAAACUGCAAAUUCCCUGGAUACAUCUAAGCAGAAAGUGAUUAAACAUUCAGAGAGAGUGGCUGCCAGUCAAGAGUUAACGCGGGCUAUGUACAUGUUAGGUAUAGCGGUGGCUCUAUUGGUUUUAGUGGUUUCGGUUGUGGUCCAAUUUAUUUUGAAAUAAGCAAAUUAAAAAAAAAAAAAAAAAAUUAAAGAAAAAAAUAUCUCUUUACCGCUGUUUGUUUGUAUUUUCAGUGAAUUGCUUUUUUUUUUACUUAAAAAGCCAUUAAUGUGUAUUGUUUUGUAAUUCCCUAUUUCUAGUACUGAUUUGAUUUUUAUUUUGAUAUUUAACUGUAUUUAAUAUUCACAUAAACAAGCUUAAAGAAAGCCAUUUUGGAAAAAUAAAUACAACAGAAAAUUAAUUAAUUAAAUUAAAUUUAUUUAAACAAAAAAAAAAAAAUAAAUAAAUAAAAUAUUUUAUACUCGUGCCCGGUCAGCCAUUAAGUACCCUA